AUGUCUGAUAUUCAGAUGGUGCUUAGCAUUAUCUUACCAGUGCCUCUGAAAUCGCAACAAGUCGCCUAUGAGCGAGUGUUGGUCCAUGCUCCGGCGACUAGCGAUUACAAGUUCACGGACCACAGUGGCAGCUGA